AACAGAUUUUAAGAUAAUUAAAGUUUUCGUCCCUGUUAAACGUUGAUAUGUGUUUACUUUAACCUCUAGUAUUUACUUAGAUAAAGACUCAAAUAAACGAUGGGCAGAGUGUGUCGAUUGUUUACACAUCAACCAUGAUACUAGGUGUUGACGAUGCUGCUAUAUUUCAGGCAUACAUGAAUAAAUAGUGAAACUAAUCGGUAUUUGAGAGAUAAAGAAGGUAUAAAAAUUAUAAUUUCAAAUUAAUGCCAGAAUGCAGAUUACAAUGUGGGUGAUGAUUAUUGCAUAUGUUUCUUGGAUUGGAUUAUUUUGCAUUCAAGAAAUUAAAUCUUGUGAACCAGUUGAGGAGAACACUAACUGGAAAUUAUCAAAGACCUUUAAUGUAACACUGACUUCUAAAACCCAGAGAUUUAUAUGGAAUUUAAACAAUGAAGUGGUAUCAGAUUGUUACGUUAAUGAAAACUGCAUAAAUGAUCCCCAAACAAAUUGGUUUAAGAGCUUCAUAACGCACCACAACAAUGUAUUGUCUGUUGAAUUGAACAUCUUUAAUGUAACGAGACUGAAUCCUUGGAAAAAUUCUGAAGGGACCUGGUUGCUACAAAUGUCAACAUUUACUCCAAGAAAAGAAGAAAAAUCUACUGUGUUUUCGUGUUUUUUGAACGUUUACAAAAAAGUAAAUCAUCUAGACUGUCAAUUGUUAGAGUUGAAAGAUCAUAUAAUGCUGCAAUGUAAAACUCACAGGAGAUACCCUACUGUUAGAGGCACUGUGUCUGUUUCAGUUAAUGGAAAACCGAUGAAAAGUCUGCAACAUCAAAAUUUUGAAUGUACACAUAGGCAGCCCUAUAACAAUCCAGUUUAUUUCGACUCUGAUUGCAGACUAAAAAUAUAUGAGAUCAACAAAGGCCAGUAUGUGUUCAAUAUCAACCUAUAUCCUAAUGUGACUAACACCGCGAAAGACACGUUGUUCGGAAAAAGUAUCUCACACUUUUAUACUUUAGAAACGGUACCAGAACCUGUUAUUGAAUUGGAGAAAUUAAAUAGCAAAUUCAAACCUUACUACAGCUCACUUAAUUCAAAAUAUUUUAACUUAGAUGAAGGUUUAUACAGCAUACGAUGUCUAAUUAACGAAACAACAUCAACUCUAAAAUUAGAGUGUGAUCAACCUCUUCUUAGUUUGAAUAACGGAGUUAAUGUACUAAACAUUUCAAGAAUACGAAAUAGCGUACUUUGCAAAUGCGAAGCAUCGCAUGAACGAGUACUUUAUGAAAGUAACAGCACAUUCGUUCUAAUAAAUGUUUUAUAUCCACCAACGAUCCAGAGUUUCUUGGUGAACGGUGAAAAUGUAAAUACUUUGAUUGUAAAUAAAUCCGAAGUUCUGAACUUUGCCUGUGAAGCCAAAGGAACCUCAUUCCAACAGUUAAAGCUUAUUAAAGAUGAAAUAAACCAUUUCUUAUUACAAAGUGCAAAUAGCAAAUUUCUACAUUGGAAAAAAAAUAGUGAAUGUAAAGAUACAGGAUUGUAUUCGUGUAUUGCAAAUUUUACAAAAGACGAGAUCAUCAGAAGUGUGCAAAUUUAUGUUCUUUGCCCUUUUCAUUUGACCCACCCUGAAAAAAAUAAUACAGUUUAUUAUGGAAGAAAACAAAACAAAAUUAUAAUUACGAUAGAAGUGUAUGGCUACCCAAAACCCACACAGUAUAUGCUUGUUAAAAAUAAAACACACGUUUUUAUUAGGAAUGGAAAUUCAGAAACUCACAAUAAUUCUCUCUAUUCAAUUGAGUUUGUUCGUAACAUAUCAGCACAUGGGGUUGUUCUUUUAACCUUCAAAGAACUACAGAACUCAGAUUUCACAGAAAUGAAUCUACAUAUUGGUAAUGGAAAUGGGCGAAGUCUUGUUUAUAACUUUUCUAUUAAAGGAGAGAGUUAUUUUGAAUCAUUUUUAAACAUAGUAAUUGGACUGGGAGUAAGUUUAGUGACCUUGAUUCUUAUCUGUGGCAUCUGGAUUUUCAAAAACAAAAUAUCACAAAACUUAUUGCAUAGAAAAAAAGGUAUGGAAACAAAAAGUAUAGAAGGAGUUGUAGCAGAGGAAGAGGAUAACAUUUACCUUGAUGUUAUUGAGGAUAACAUUUACCUUGAUGUUAUUGACCCAUAUGAACUUACUAACGAGAUUGAAGAGAUUGAAUAAUGCAAAUACAUAUUAAAAAACUAUCUAUAAAGUAAAUGUGAUCGUUUUUGGAACAGUUGAAUUAGCAUUUUAGUGUUAACUGUUACUUUUAAAAACACUUCAUUUAAUUUAGUAUGUGAUUGUAUGAACAGUGCUUGUGUUAGAGCAGGAUAUUACCCUCCUCAAGUCAACUUAUCUUUGUCAUUGACCGUGUAAUGAAUUACAACCGUGUACAUUACCCACCUUCCCGAGACCAACUUAAAAAAAACAACUUGAGAUAAAAACAUUAACCUCCAGAUCGAUCACUAAUUGACCAAAAAAACAAAUAGGGUUAGGGUUCAAGAUAUGGAAAUAUUUAAAAAUAGGAUAAUAAUAAAUGUUUGGAUAGUAAGGGAUAGGGAUACAAUAGAAAUUUUGUAUUCAGCCACCCAAAGAAAUAAUGUUUUAACUCGUUAUCUAGUUAUCGCUCAUCUUUAUAUCAUAUGUUUUAGUGGAUUUGCAUUGUUCAUUAUGUGAGAAGUAGCAAUGAGAAUAAUGAGAAUGUCACUACGUUUUCUCAAAACUCCUUUUAGUUUACCUAGAAUAAUACCAUAAUGUGAUGAUUUGAUGCGUUGUAAAGAUUUAAACAUGACUCAAUGAAUUUGUAAUUGUCAACAUAUAUUUCCAUUGUACAUUUUAUAUUAUGUAAAUUAUGUAAAUGAUUUUGAAUCAUCUAAGGCAUACUUCACUUCGCCUUGUUAAAAAGCAAGGAGGAUUAAAAUAUCGUUCCAAUUUAGCUUCUGCGCUUCUACUGAAUAUGGACAGUCACAAAUGUAUUUAAAUUUAAAUGAUGAAUAAUGAGUCUCCAAUGCCACACUGAUGAAAUAAAUAAUCACAUUCAUUGAGUAAAUGUAAUUUACAUAUUAGAAAAAAUAUAUAUCUAGAGCACAAAUGUAAAACUGCAAAAAAAAUAAUUGAAUCGUAAAACUGCAGAAAAAAAUGAUAACUAGUUGUUGAAUUUUUUUUCUUUCAAACAGGUGAAGCUCUCUUAAAAUUGUUUUACAAGUAUUAAAAAUAUGCGGUCAGCAGUACAAUGAUCUUACCGACAGUUUUAUGUUAUAAAACUAAAUUUAUAAAGAAUCCAACAAUUAACAAAUAAUGCAAACACAAUAAUGUUUUGAAAUACAAAAAGUACUUUAAAAUUGAAAAAUAUUGUAUAGUCAUAUGUUACUCAGGAGAAAUAAAACAUUUUGUAAUAGAAGCGGUGCUAUGUAAGGUUUAGUUUGGCAUGAAUGUACAUAGAGUGUAUUUAAAUCAAUUUACUUUGUCGUGAGCUUUCUUCAUGCAUCUAUUGUAUAUUUUAGUAAUUUUUCUAAUUUGGAAAUCAGACAAAGUUUGUUUCAAAAAUCUCUA